AGGCCUCUAUGAGGAAGACUGCUCUGUUUGACUUCCAUCUGGACCAGGGAGGUAAGAUGGUGGAGUUUGCUGGAUGGAGCAUGCCUGUCCAGUACAAAGACAGCCACAUCAACUCCCAUAUGCACACUCGCCAGCACUGCUCCAUCUUCGACGUCAGCCACAUGUUACAGGUGAGAGGGAUUUCACUAUGCAGAUUUGGGAACUGUCAGACAUCCGGUGCUUAUUGUAUUGGCUAUAGCAUCCAUUUUGUGUCUCUCUAUCAGAGCAAAGUCUAUGGAAGAGACAGAGUGAAAUUCAUGGAGUCUAUGAUUGUUGGAGACAUAGCAGAGCUGAAGGACAACCAGGUGAGACAAAUGUCUGAAAGCAAAGGCACACACAUGCAUGCCCACACACAGACACAAGCACAUACACACACACUCACUCUUCUCCCACUUUUCUAUCUCCAGGGCACGCUCACCCUCUUCACCAAUGACAAGGGUGGAAUUAAUGAUGAUCUCAUCGUCACCAAGACAGACCAAGGCUACCUCUACGUGGUGUCCAACGCUGGCUGUGCAGACAAGGACUCCGCCAACAUGAAAGUCAGUAGUCUGCAAACAUCCAAGUUUUGGAUGGAUUUGUAAUGCUUUGAUAAUAUGUCAUGUCUGUAUGUGUUUCAUGUAUCUGAUACUUUCUGUGCUUGCUGUAGGCUAGAUUGGCAGAGUUCAAAGCUGCUGGCCAUGAUGUGGAUCUGGAGUUUCUGGAGGAAUGUUUAAUUGCUGUUCAAGGUAAGUUAUCUUAUGCAGUGCUUAAUUUGAGCCGGAUCCUGCCGGAACAGGAUCCGCCUCUCAGAUUUGACAAAGUUUGUUCCGGCACCAAUUUGGCCAAAUCCGGUACCUCUCGCGGCAUGAUUUAUUAAUUAUUUCACUGUUCGCACUGUAGACAUUCUAAUAAAAGCGAUCAGCAUUAAAUCAAGUUGCCUCCUCGUUAUUUCUCCCACCCCCCAGAAAGACCAUAAUGUAAAAGCGCGGUGAUCCUUCUAUGUAAUCAUCCUAUCCUGCCAGACUGAUUCCAGACCUGCUCUCUUAUUUGUACAUAGAGGUUAUGGGGGGAGGGCCAGUGGGGUAAGUAGCUGAUCUUGACACAGGUCUUGGUAGUGGUGGUCAGCUAGUGAAGAGGUCCAUACGUAAUCACGUCACGUAGCCUAGUCUAGUCGUCUCCCUACUGAAUUUGAAUAAUGGGAAAGCCCCCCCAAAAAAUGUAUAAGAAAAGGCAAUCGAGUUUGACAUUUUUCAAGUCCAAAAAUCCAGAGAAAGAUGGUGAAUCGAACCCAGAACGAGCCAGAGAACUGUCAGUGCCGGAGGAGAGGAGUGAGGAGCAAACUGUUCCUGAUGGCGAUGCUAAUCCCGCCAGUUCAGCAUCACCACCGGCACCUCCACUAGCUAGUAGUCCUACUAGCGAGUCAGACUCAGCGGGAGAGGUAGACUGGGAACUGGGGGGGGGGGGGGGGGGGGGGGCAGUGCAUCCACUGACGAAGUGCUUGGAGCAGGUGCAAUUUGCAGUUCAAGAACAAGCAAACAUGGCUUGUCAUGCAGAAUUCAAAGUUGGGCUGUACAACAUGCAGAAAGGUAGGGAGCUUCGGUCUAGAAACGACUGGAGGGAUUAAACUAGCAAAAGAGUGGGUGGAAUGUACAGUAAAUUAACAUCCUAUGCAUCAGACGUAUAAAAAAAAAAAAAAAGAACCCUCAGAAGAAAGGUUUUUGAAUAUGCCUGAACCAAGCCACAUUUGGUGGCAGCAAGCCUUGUAGACAAGGCUAAAGAGGACACCCAGGUUAUAGUUAACACUACAAAUUAAGCACUGCUCUUAUGGCAACAGUUCAACUCAGUAUGUUUACAUCUGAAGGUUCCACAACGUUGUGCCCUCCUGAACAUGGCCCUGUGUUAAAGUAGUGUUUGACCUGAGUUGUAUUCAUUAGGCACCAAAUGGAAGAAAACAGACUGAAACAGGGAGCGACUACCUGAACUUGUCCAAUAAGAAACUUUUUCCAUUGCAAAACAUUUUGCUACAGUGUGCACUAAUGAAUACAACCCUGUACAUGUCCUCCUCAGGUCCCUCCAUGGCCAAGGUGCUCCAGUUGGGUCUGACAGAUGACCUCAGCAAGCUGACCUUCAUGACCAGCACCCUGGCCACAGUGUUUGGGAUCCAGGGCUGCAGGGUGACCCGGUGUGGCUACACCGGAGAGGACGGAGUGGAGGUGUGUCUUUCACUCUCUCUUUGUGUGCUCUGUGCAUUUCUUUCAAGUAUCCUUUGUCUGAAAGUAAUAGGCCUUUGUAAACAAUAAUGUGUUUAUUUCCCUGUGUUGCAACCUUUGUAGUAUUAGUCAUUUCCUCCUCCUCCUGCUCAGAUCUCAGUGCCUAAGUCUGGCGUGGUGGCCCUGACGGAGCACCUAUUGGGCAACAGUGAGGUCAAGCUGGCCGGACUGGGGGCACGAGACAGUCUGAGGCUGGAGGCAGGCCUCUGUCUCUAUGGCAACGACAUCAAUGAGACUACUACCCCUGUGGAGGCAACCCUGGUGUGGACUAUAGGUGACUCCUCAAUAUUAUACACUCCCUUAUAGAGCAUAUUAGUGUGUGUGUGUGUGUGUGUGUGUGUGUGUGUGUGUGUGUGUGUGUGUGUGUGUGUGUGUGUGUGUGUGUGUGUGUGUGUGUGUGUGUGUGUGUGUGUGUGUGUGUGUGUGUGUGUGUGUGUGUGUGUGUGUGUGUGUGUGUGUGUGUGUGUGAGUGAGUGAGUGUGUACAGUACCAGUCAAAAGUUUGGACACACCUACUCAUUCAAGGGUUUUUCUUAAUUUUGACUAUUUUCCACAUUGUAGAAUAAUAGUGAAGACAUCAAAACUAUGAAAUAACACAUAUGGAAUCAUGUAGUAACCAAAGGAGUGUUAAACAAAUAAAAAUAUAUUUUAUAUUUGAGAUCCCUUCAAGUAGCCACCCUUUGCCUUGAUGACAGCUUUGCACACUCUUGGCAUUCUCUCAACCAGCCUCACCUGCAAUGCUUUUCCAACAGUCUUGAAGGAGUUCCCACAUAUGCUUAGCACUUGUUGGCAGCUUUUCCUUCACUGUCCGACUCAUCCCAAACCAUCUCAAUUGGGUUGAGGUCGGGGGAUUGUGGAGGCCAGGUCAUCUGAUGCAGCACUCCAUCACUCUCCUUCUUGGUAAAAUAGCCCUUACACAGCCUGGAGGUGUGUUGGGUCAUUGUCCUGUUGAAAAUGAUAGUCCCACUAAGCCCAAAUCAGAUGGGAUGGCGUAUCGCUGCAGAAUGCUGUGGUAGCCAUGCUGGUUAACCCUCCCGUUGUCCUCAUAUUCUGUACACACCCCGUGUCCUCCGGUUCGAACUGUCCCGCCUUCAAUGAAGCCCCAAUUAGCACAUGUGGGACAGUAUGCAUGUGCACAGGCUUUGCAGAUAUAUUUGUUACACCUGCAGCACACCAUGUGUGUUUUGGAGUCCUUCUUGGGUGGGCAGAUCUGACACCUCUUACUCUGCAGUGUGCUCAGAAGUGCCACAUUCUUGUUUUUCUUUGGCAGGUAGGACACCAGAGUGAUGGUGGGCCUGAAGGCGAACUUGGACGAGAACACCUCUCGUCCCUUUGACGCCAGCAGUGCAGGUGGGAGCUCAGGUUUGUUCUUUCGAACCGUGCCAACCAUGGUGAUGUUCCUCUGGAGGAGCUGCUGUCCGAGUUCAUAAGAGGUGAAGAAAUUGUCGCAUGUCACAUUGCGGCCCCUAAGUCCCUCGGUCACGUCAAGCACGACCCGCAGCCCCUGCUUCUUCUCUGGGCCUCCGCCGGUGGUAUUGCCGGUGUAGACUUGCAUCUUCCAGGCGUAGCUGGAUUUUGCGUCGCAGGCCACCCAUGACUUGAUCCCGUAUUUCGCCGGCUUGCUUGGCAUAUACUGCCGGAAAGGACAACAGCCUUUGGGAGGGGGGAAUGGGACAGAAGAGAUUGUUAGCAAUCGUCGUCGCCAAGUGCUACUAUUAUUACGAGUGUCGGUGUGUCACAGAACACAGGCACAGAGGUGAUGGUCAGUGAACAGUGGUGUGUGGGGGAAAAGAAACAAACAGAAUACUUUUAUUACGUAUACACUACCUCUGAAUGAAACCAGUUGCUCGUCCACUGUCACCUCAGGCCCUGGGUUGUAGAGACCACUUGUCCCACACCUCUCUUAUGGCUGCCAGUUUGUCAGUCGCACGUCUCGCGGGUCUCGACUGGCGGUCGUCGAACCGUAGCAGUCUCGAGAACGUGUGAAACACUUUGAGCGGCAUGGUGGCACGGAAUAUCGCCCUUCCGCUCUCCGCGUCCCACAGACUAGCCGCCGCCUCGCCGCGUGACCUGUACACGCCGGCUAAGAUCAGCAGCCCUAUGUAGGCAAGCAGGUCGGUCUCGUCCAUCCCUUUCCAGUCGUCUCCGUAUUUUCGAACCCCCUCCAGAUUUGUCAUGUCCAUGACUAUUUCAUCUAUUGCUCGUGUGAUGAACUGGUGGAACGUUGACGCAAUGUCGCAGCCCUGCCCAACUGCGUACGGUGUAGGUCCGCCGGGGUUGGGGGUCGCCACCGUCGUCUCGUUCUCUGCCAACCUGCCCGGUCUCUCAUAUGCCACCGAGGACCAUUUGAUUUGGCCAUUUGAUGUCGCUCCUUCGCCUUCGCCCGUUUCCUCCUCUCGCUCUUCCUCUGAACACGAGGACGACGCGUCAUUGUGCUCAGGGUUGUAUUCCUUGCAGUCUUCCUCUUCUGACACGUCUUAUGCUUUCUCCUCCUCGCCGGAAUCGCAGUAGUCUUCUUCUUGCUCCACAUUUGAUGAACAUAUCUGCUGUAGGACCUGUUCGGCGGUGAACAAACGGACACUCAUCGCUUCGGGCGCCUUGGCUUGCCGGUCAAUGCAGCCUGUCUUCUUUGGCGGACCGGGGGAGGGGGGAGGAUGGCUCUGGACCUCUACCUACCGCAGUAUUAGUAUAUUUUGGUUUCCCCACAGCCUCCUUACAUGGUCAGGAAUGUCGACAAAGCAAAGUCUGUCACUUUUCAUACAUUACAAAAUAAACUAACACUAAAACACACCACAGUAAUUCUCCAGGGAUCAUUUUGACCCCAGGACAACGGGAGGGUUAAGUGUGCCUUGAAUUCUAAAGAAAUCACAGACAGUGUCACCAGCAAAGCACCCCCACACCAUAACACCUCCACCUCCAUGCUUUACGGUGGGAACUACACAUGCAGAGAUCAUCCGUUCACCCAUACCGCAUCUCACAAAGACACAGCGUUUGGAACCAAAAAUCUCCAAUUUGGACUCCAGACCAAAAGACACAUUUCCACCGGUCUAAUGUCCAUUGCUCGUGUUUCUUGGCCCAAGCAGGUCUCUACUUCUUAUUGGUGUCCUUUAGUAGUGGUUUCUUUGCAGCGAUUCGACCAUGAAGGCCUGAUUCACACAGUCCCCUCUGAAUAGUUGAUGUUGAGAUGUGUCUGUGACUUGAACUCUGUGAAGCAUUUAUUUGGGCUGCAAUUUCUGAGGCUGGUAACUCUAAUGAACUUAUCCUCUGCAGCAGAGGUAACUCUGGGUCUUCCAUUCAUGUGGUGGUCCUCAUGAGAGCCAGUUUCAUCAUAGCGGUUUUUGCAACUGCACUUGAAGUUCUUGAAAUGUUCCAUAUUGACUGACCUUCAUGUCUUAAAGUAAUGAUGGACUGUCGUUUCUCUUUGCUUAUUUGAGCUGUUCUUGCCAUAAUAUGGACUUGGUCUUUUACCAAAUAGGGCUAUCUUCUGUAUACCCCCCUACCUUGUCACAACACAACUGAUUGGCUCAAACGCAUUAAGAAGGAAAGAAAUUCCACAAAUUAACUUUUAAGAAGGCACACCUGUUAAUUGAAAUGCAUUCCAGGUUGAGAGAAUGCCAAGAGUGUGCAAAGCUGUCAUCAAGGCAAAGGGUGGUUAUUUGAAGAAUCUCUAAUAUAAAAUAUAUUUUGAUUUGUUUAACACUCCUUUGGUUACUACAUGAUUCCAUAUGUGUUAUUUAAUAGUUUUGAUGUCUUCAUUAUUAUUCUACAAUGUAAAAAUAAAGAAAAACCCUUGAAUGAGUAGGUGUGUCCAAACUUUUGACUGGUAUUGUAUGUCUGUGUUUGUGUCUCUGUUUGUGUUAAUUGGGUUGUUUGAUGGACUUGCAGGAAAGCGGCGGCGUCAGGCGAAGGAUUUCCCCGGUGCGGAGAUCAUUGUCCCCCAGAUAAAGGCGAAGACGGCGAGGAAGCGUGUGGGCCUGGUGUCCACGGGACCCCCUGUCAGACAGCACACCCCCAUCCUCAGCCCAGAGGGAAAGGUCAUAGGUCAGUUAGAGCAUCUCUACUAGCUAUUACAAGAUACAAGAACCAUCAAUCAAUCAAUCAAAUUUUAUUUUAUAUAGCCCUUCUUACAUCAGCUAAUAUCUCGAAGUGAUGUACAGAAAACCCAGCCUAAAACCCAAACAGCUAGUAAUGCAGGUGUAGGAAGCACGGUGGAUAGGAAAACUCCUAGAAGGCGAAACCAGAAGAAACCUAGAGAGAACCAGCUAUGAGGGUGGCAGUCUCUUCUGGCGGCCGGGUGGAGAUUUAACAGAACCAUGCCAAGAUGUUCAAAAAUGUUCAUAAGUGACAAGCAUGGUCAAAUAAUAAUCAGGAAUAAAUCUCAGUUGGCUUUUCAUAGCCGAUCAUUAAGAGUUGAAAACAGCAGGUCUGGGACAGGUAGGGGUUCCAUAACCGCAGGCAGAACAGUUGAAACUGGAAUAGCAGCAAGGCCAGGCGGACUGGGGACAGCAAGGAGUCACCACGGCCGGUAGUCCCGACGUAUGGUCCUAGGGCUCAGGUCUCUCAGUUGGCUUUUCAUAGCCGAUCAUUAAGAGUUGAAAACAGCAGGUCUGGGACAGGUAGGGGUUUCGUAGCCGCAGGCAGAACAGUUGAAACUGGAAUAGCAGCAAGGCCAGGCGGACUGGGGACAGCAAGGUGUCAUCAUGCCCGGUAGUCCUGACGUAUGGUCCUAGGGCUCAGGUUCUCAGAGAGAAAGAGAGAACGAGAGAAUUAGAGAGAGCAUACUUAAAUUCACACAGGACACUGGAUAAGACAGGAGAAGUACUCCAGGUAUAACCAACUAACCCCAGCCCCCCGACACAUAAACUACUGCAGCAUAAAUACUGGAGGCUGAGACAGGAGCGGUCUGGAGACACUGUGGCCCCAUCCGAAGAAACCCCCGGACAGGGCCAAACAGGAAGGAUAUAACCCCACCCACUCCGCCAAAGCACAGCCCCCGCACCACUAGAGGGAUAUCCCCAACCACCAACUUACAAUCCUGAGACAAGGCCGAGUAUAGCCCACAGAGGUCUCCACCACAGCACAAACCAAGGGGGGGGCGCCAACCCAGACAGGAAGAUCACGUCAGUAACUCAACCCACUCAAGUGACGCACCCCUCCCAGGGACGGCAUGAAAGAGCACCAGCAAGCCAGUGACUCAGCCCCUGCAACAGGGUUAGAGGCAGAGAACCCCAGUGGAGAGGGGAACCGGCCUGGCAGAGACAGCAAGGGUUGUUCGUUGCUCCAGCCUUUCCGUUCACCUUCACACUCCUGGGCCAGACUACACUCAAUCAUAUGACCUACUGAAGAGAUAAGUCUUCAGUAAAGACUUAAAGGUUGAGACCGAGUCUGCGUCUCUCACAUGGGUAGGCAGACUGUUCCAUAAAAAUGGAGAUCUAUAGGAGAAAGCCCUGCCUCCCGCUGUUUGCUUAGAAAUUCUAGGGACAAUUAGGAGGCCUGCGUCUUGUGACCGUAGCGUACGUAUUGGUAUGUACGGCAGGACCAACUCGGAAAGAUAGGUAGGAGCAAGCCCAUGUAACGCUUUAUAGGUUAACAGUAAAACCUUGAAAUCAGCCCUUGCCUUAACAGGAAGCCAGUGUAGGGAAGCUAGCACUGGAGUAAUAUGAUCAAAUUUCUUGGUUCUAGUCAGGAUUCUAGCAGCCGUAUUUAGCACUAACUGAAGUUUAUUUAGUGCUUUAUCCGGGUAGCCGGAAAAUAGAGCAUUGCAGUAGUCUAACCUAGAAGUAACAAAUGCAUGGAUUAAUUUUUCUGCAUCAUUUUUGGACAGAAAAUUUCUGAUUUUUGCAAUGUUACGUAGAUGGAAAAAAGCUGUCCUUGAAACAGUCUUGAUAUGUUCGUCAAAAGAGAGAUCAGGGUCAAGAGUAACGCCGAGGUCCUUCACAGUUUUAUUUGAGACGACUUUACAACCAUCAAGAUGAAUUGUCAGAUUUAACAGAAGAUCUCUUUGUUUCUUGGGACCUAGAACAAGCAUCUCUGUUUUGUCCGAGUUUAAAAGUAAAAAGUUUUCAGCCAUCCACUUCCUUAUGUCUGAAACACAGGCUUCUAGCGAGGGCAAUUUUGGGGCUUCACCAUGUUUCAUUGAAAUGUACAGCUGUGUGUCAUCCGCAUAGCAGUGAAAGUUAACAUUAUGUUUUCGAAUAACAUCCCCAAGAGGUAAAAUAUAUAGUGAAAACAAUAGUGGUCCUAAAACGGAACCUUGAGGAACACCGAAAUGUACAGUUGAUUUGUCGGAGGACAGACCAUUCACAGAGGACAAACUGAUAUCUUUCCGACAGGUAGGAUUCUAAACCCUGGCCAGAACUUGUCCAGUGUAGACCAAUUUGUGGGUGUUCCAGUCUCUCCAAAAGAUGUUUGAUCGUGGUGUCAAAGGCAGCACUAAGGUCUAGUAGCACGAGGACAGAUGCAGGACUCGGUUGACGCCAUUAAAAGUUCAUUUACACCUUCACAAGUGCCGUCUCAGGCUAUUGAUGGUCUAAAACCAUCCUAAUCAUAACAUAACAAAUGUAUUAUACCUACUUAGGAUCAGGAUACCACCUCUGAUGAUUUUUGGUUAUUGUUUAUCUUUCAGUAGGCCUACACUGUAGUGUUAUUUAGGCCCAACUGUGACACUGUUCCAUUGAAAUGCAGUUGUGUGUGGAUUUGCUUUUGAGAUUAAAUUCAACUUUUUUUCAUCCUGUUUUUUUCAUCAGGUGAGGUCACCAGUGGUUGCCCCUCCCCCUGCCUGAAGCAGAACGUUGCCAUGGGUUACGUGGAUGCGCCGUAUGCCAAGAAUGGAACUCCCAUUCAGGUGGAGGUGAGGAAGAAGGCAGUGAAGGCAGUGGUCACCAAGAUGCCCUUCGUGCCUACAAACUACUACUCUGGCCAGUAGAUCUGUCUCUCAAUGGACACCCAGCUUAUGAGAUCAGCCUGCUUUGCCAGUGGACAGUGACCUGAACAGACAGACCUUCUCCCACUGACCACCAGAGAUCAGUCUAUCAGUCUAUCAGAGCAAUGCUUGCCCCUUGUGUUUACCUCGAUCAGUGACACUCAAACCUGAAGGACUGCAAGGCUUCUUUAGCAAUAGAGAAUGGGUUAUGAGUGUGUGUGGCCUUGCCUGCACCCACAACUCAACACAACUAUAAAUACAGCUACACCCUUGACGAUGAGGCUUUUCACUCCUGUUAUCUGAAGCUUGUUCAUGGUCUUUAGACCACAGUGAGUUGUGUGAAUGAGCCAUACGGUUUGAAGGACAGGGAAAUCACUGACUCACAAAAGCAGCAUAACAUGCUAUGUAAACCAAGAGACAAAGCAGGAUGUCACAUGUAGAGGACUAGUGUGAAAAAUGUGUUUUUUCCUUUCUAAUACUAAUUAGAUGUUGAAUCUAAACGUGCAUUUUGCAGGCUUAGUGACACAAUGACGUGUGUUACAUAAAUGUUUACCAAUUGCUAACUGAAAUACUAUAUAUCAGCAGGACCAAACUCUCCAUAUGAUUCCAAAUUGUGAUAUUUUGUCAUUAGGCUUCUACAAUGAUCCUAGUUGUCACAUUCCCAACAAACUAAAACUAAACAAUACAAUACAUGGUAUGUAGUGGCAGGUAAACGCAAGUAAACACAGUUCAUCCUCUUUUUUUUUUCUUCAACAAAUUACGCACCUUUUACGGAAAAAUUAAUUGAAAGUAUAGAGACCUUUACUUUUUUCACCUAUUUUUUUUAACCACUAACUCACUGAUGAUAUGCAGUAACGUGUGGCCAAAAAUCAGUACCUUUCUUACAAGAAAACUUUAGAAACUAGAAGUGGAACUAUUGGAAUGUAACUUAGAGGUGUUUGUGGUCUUGCAUAUCCCCUGUACUACUGAACUAUUGUCUCAAUGUUUUGAGAUUCACAUGUGAAUGCCUUAAGUUGUAUAACUAGGUAAUUAUAUAGUUUUUGUAUCUAGCACCCUUAUAUUUUCCUUGUAAUAUAGGUUGUAAUUCACAAUAUAUUACACCUUUGCCUUUGUUGUGGAAUGCCCUAACUUUGUAGAAAUUGCUUUGCAUUUUUGGAGGUCACUAUUUUCAUGUCAUAUGACUCCACUAGAUCCAAGUUAAACAUGAUCUUUCAUUAAUCCCAUUUGCCAAAAUUCGCUCAUUAACUGGGAAUACAAUUACCAUAUUUGUUUGGACUAUAUUCACUUUUUAUGCAUGCAUUAAUCAAUGGAGAUUGAUUAAUGCACUGUGUUUUGUCCUUUUAAUUGAGAUUGUGUUGUUUAUACAUUAGUAUAUAAAUGAUU